UGAGCUCGACAGUUUGACGGCUGGUUAUCAUUCUUCAUUGAAGUUUUAGUGAUCGCAAAGAGUGUUUCUCGUAAAGUGAUUUAAAAAUCUGUGUUGGUGAAAGCGUUAAAUUUUAAUAAACUUGGAUUUUGUGAAGAUACAACAAUGACUACUACCCCUAAAUCAAUUGGCGAGGAAGGUUUAGGAGACUCGUGGAUCGAGCUUCCGACUGGUGGUACAGGGCCUCAUAGUCCCGACAGAGUCACACCUCUUCCAUUUUCUUCAGGAGAAGAAUAUUUAAGACUGCUCAAAGAGGCUCAAAGAGAAUCCUCGAAUCAAAGUAGUGCGAGGGUGUCUUUAGCCAGCUCGCGUCGCGACACACCUCGAGGAAGUCCAAAAUCUCCUCCAAACAGCCCGAAUACUGAGCUGAAUACUGAAGAUGAUAUGAAGGGUGUGUACAUCAACUACUGGAAUAAGGAAGGAGAUUUCAUGCAUUUGAACACGAAUUCAGACUGGAUUUGGGAGUGGAGCUCAAGACCCGAUCAAGUUCCGCCAAAAGAUUGGAAAUUUAUCCACCCCAAGCGCAAAACGUACAGCAUCCGUCACGCCAAAGUUGGUAAAACUUCUUUGUUCUCAAAGGAAGUCCUUUACACAUUGGUUUUGACCAAUUUCCUAUCAUUGUUGAUUGGAACUGGUGUUGGAGUGUGGUUAUCACGUCGCGGAAUGUUUCUGACCCAAAUCACUUUGGACUAAGAUUUUCAUAAGAAUCUUUUUAUGGAGAAUAUUAGAGACUGCUCAAAGUGUUUCAUAGGAUUGCAAAGAGAAUGAGAAUUUAUUUCACACAGUUUGGACAAGGAUUUGUAUUGAGUAAUAUAACAGGAUUAAAAUGGUUAGAAUACUGAUGAUUUUAAAAUAAUUAUUUUUAGU